CCUCCGUGGUCGGCGCGCUGGCCGUUGCCGGCGGUCAGGUUCCGCAGCGCGCUGCUCGCCUCUGAUUGGCCGCGGGCCGGCCUGUUCCGAGUCACCGGCUCGCCUGUUGCGAAUUCUUCUUUUAAAGACGCGGCGGGGCGUAGGGGCCUACGCCACACUCGGCGGCGUGAUGCCCCAGGGAGAGGUAGCGGUCUCGCGCCGUGGUCGCUGCUAGUAGCACGUAGCACCCAGGGCCGCUCUGUUCUGCCGCGCGGCGCCAUGGCGCUCGCCUCCGCCCCCUCCUGCCCUGCUGCCGCCCGGCUCAUCGUCUCGCUGCUUGUCGUAACCGCGGCGGCGGUGCUCUGCGUCCGAGCCGACGACCACUGGCGAGAGAUCGACGAAGACGACGCCUUCUCAAUAGAAGUGCCCGUGGGCCCGGAGCAGGGGUCGCGACGCGAACGGCGGCAGUUCGGCUGGCCGGGCAUCCUGCCGGUGGGUCCGUGCUUCACCAGCAAGGGCGUGCUCGGCCGCUGCACCAGCUUCCGCCAGUGCUACCCCUACUUCAAGCUGCCCGAGCUCACCAAUUGGGAGACCUGGGUGCUCGGCAUGUACGACACGUGCAGCUACUUCACAGAGAACGGCCGUCAGAUGUUCGGCGUGUGCUGCACGAACCCGGUGACGCCGCGGCCGACGCAGCCGCCGCGGCCGACGCCGCCCACGGAGCCGGUGGUGGCGCCGGAAGAGCCGAGCCCGGCGCCGGGUCCCGUGCCGCCCAACUGGCCGCCGCCGCUGCCGACCCACUCGCCCAACAAUACGAUCCCGCCGCUGCCGACGCACCCGCCGUCGCCCGGCUGGCCCGGCCUGGAGCCGGGCCCGGGCACCACGCAGCCCGUCACGCCGCCCACGCAGCCGACGCGGCCGCCCUGGCAGCCGCCCACGCAGCCCACGAGGCCCACCCGCCCUCCUUGGCAGCCGCCCACGCAGCCGCCGGCCACGCGCCCGCCGACCGCGGCGCCCACGCCCGCAACGACCCCGGCCACGCAACCGCCGGGCGGCGGAGCCGACGGCACAUGUGGCAUCAAAAACGGCUACCAGGACCAGGAGCGCAUCGUCGGCGGACACAACGCCGACCUCGGGGAGUGGCCCUGGAUUGCAGCUCUUUUCAACAGUGGACGGCAAUUCUGUGGAGGCUCCCUCAUUGAUACAACACACAUUCUCACUGCUGCUCACUGUGUCGCUCACAUGAGCUCUUGGGAUGUUGCAAGAGUUACCGUACGUUUAGGCGAUUACAAUAUACGAAUAAAUACAGAAACAAGGCACAUCGAAAAGAAGGUUAAGAGAGUUGUUCGACAUCGUGGUUUUGAUGCUCGUACACUGUAUAAUGAUGUUGCAAUUCUAACAAUGGACUCCCCAGUUACAUACUCAAAGAUGAUUCGCCCUGUCUGUCUACCAACUGGAAGUGCAAAGUAUGAGAGUCAGGAAGCAACUGUAAUUGGCUGGGGAAGUCUUCGUGAAAGUGGCCCACAACCAGCAGUCUUGCAGGAGGUAACAAUACCCAUAUGGACAAAUCGAGAAUGUAAGGCAAAAUAUGGAAAUGCAGCACCUGGUGGUAUAGUGGAACAUUUUCUAUGUGCAGGACAAGCAGGACGUGACUCAUGCAGUGGUGACAGUGGUGGCCCACUCAUGAUUAACAACGGCCGCUGGACACAGGUGGGCAUUGUCAGUUGGGGAAUUGGCUGUGGCAAAGGCCAGUAUCCAGGAGUUUAUACACGUGUCACUCAUUUCAUGCCAUGGAUUACAAAGAAUCUGAAGUAAUGCAGAAAAUGAGAAUGAGGUGGCACAUCUUGCCAUUUUGUGAUGGUAUCAAUAAGUUACAACAAAAACAGUACACAACUGUGCUUCAACUCUUCAAGAUUUACAGUUAUAUUUACGACCUUCACCACUGUAACUAUGCAGUAAAUGAUAAGUACACAACUACAUUUACCAGAAUGAACCAGGUCAAUCCUACUUUAUCAUCAUUACCAGUUUUGGAAACACACAACUGUUAACACUAUGAUCAAAUGCCUGACAUUUUAUAAAAACACUUAGUCAGUUUUCACUGAAGUAGCAUGGUUAAUUCUUUGCGUGUGUUUGCAGUAGGUGUUUUCAAAUGAGAUGUUCCUUUUACAAGCCAUCAGCACUGUGUGCAAUGUUAUUCAGAUGUUUCAUCCUUGAAAACGAUUAAGUAGUCUUAAUUCACUAUGUUUAUUUGACUCUUAUGCAUUCUGGUACAUGGAAAACAAAAAAGGACUACUAUGAUGUGAAACUGUAGCACUUCAGUUAUGCAUUACUUAAUUUUUAAAUCCACAUUUUAUUCUUGCAGCUAGUCAGGCACUUUAUGAUAAAAAGUAGAUGGAAAUAGUUCACUGUGUCGCAUAAUAUUGAAGAGUUCCUGCAAAUUUGUGCCAUUAUUUUCCAUGUUCUCGAAAAGAAUAUUAUAACAUAGAUCUUUAAUAGCUUACUAAAAUCUGUACAAAAUGAUAAAUGACUAUUAGGCUUUGUACAGUGUAUAAAACAUCAAUGUUAAAUAAUGGUACCAUAC